AUGCGACUCAAAUUCUUACUUUUGGGAUGUCUUCUGGGACGUGGCGUUGGUGCCGCGACUGACUAUCCCUUCCAUGCCAUGUUGGCCUUCAACUUCGGAAUGGACGUCACUCAACAACACUAUCUCGGGUCGUCUGAUAAAGACAUUGCCUGUGGCAUCUCAGACCCCGCGAGUGUUGGAGACCCUUCUCUAGAUAAUGCCUGCACUCCUAUCUUCCCUAAUGGCACCAGCAUCUCGGGCAACCCGAAUGCCGGGAAGCAAGGAUGUUCGCUGGGCAAUUACCCUCCAUAUGUUGUCAAUGCGACAGGGGCCGAAGAUGUGCAACACGCAGUUGCUUUUGCCAAGAAAUGGAACUUGCGGCUCAAUAUCAAGAACACAGGACAUAGUGGCGAGAGAAGCAUCAACCCGGGAAGUCUUUCAAUCUGGACACAUAACAUGAAGAACAUUCAGUAUCAUGAAAGAUUCACUCCGCGGACUUGUUUGAGCAACCAGACAGGCAUGGCGGCCACUCUGGGUGCUGGUGUGCAAGACGGCGAGUUGUUUGCAGCGAUGGCAAAGCACAAUGCUAUUGCUGUUGGCGGUGAAAAUAAUGAUGUUGGAGUCGUUGGAUGGGCUACCGGUGGUGGCCAUGGUCUUGCAACUGGUGUGUAUGGUAUGGGAGCCGAUAACAUCAUUGAGGCUGUGGUUGUGACACCGACCUUUGACGUCCUAAAAGUGAAUGCGUGCCAAAAUGAGGAUCUCUUUUGGGCGAUUCGUGGUGGGGGUGGAGGUACGUUUGGUAUCAUCAUCAGUAUCACGGUCAAAGCAUACAAGAUGCCAUCAACUUUAUUGAUGGGUAUCAAUGUGUCCCCUCAGAACCACACAACCACGAAGGAAUGGUAUAGCCUCGUUGCACAGAUGCAUAGCGAGUUCCCCCGCUUACAGGCUGCUGGAAUCCAUGGGUAUUAUACCUUGUCUAGCUCCCCAAUCUCAUUUAGUGUCGCUUUGAUGCAGUAUAAUGGAGGGAACAAGUCAUCAGACACACUUUUGAUGCCUAUGCAGGAAAUACUGAGAGCAGCAAAUACGACAGUCAGCUCCCAGUUUACUGCACAAUGGACACCGUCUUGGUACGACCUUGUGAAGAAUAUACCGCUCUACGGGAGCACAGGAGCAGCGCAUAGUACCCGGGCAUCACGAUUCAUCCCCAGGCGAGCAAUGAAAGACACCCAAUUACUUGCAAGGACUCUGGAGUCAAUUAUGGAUCCGGAUUCCCUCUCAGGGAGAGGAGUCUCCAAUCCAUCUGUCUCCGGCACCAUGACAGCGAGCAGAAUUGCUGUUCACAAUGCUCUAAACCCGGCCUGGCGAGAGUCAGGCGUCCAUAUCAUCAUAACGCAAACAUGGGAUGACACACUCCCAGAUGAUCUGAGGGAGAAAGCCAUCCAUGACAUGACCUUUAAACGAGGAUAUGCAUUGCGUCAAUUGGCGCCUGAUACUGGUGCCUAUGUCAACGAGGCAAAUUCGUAUGAGCCUAACUGGCAGUGGUCUUUCUGGGGAUCUAACUACCCACGACUUCACGCAAUUAAGCAAAAGUACGACCCCGAUGGACUUCUUUGGUGUCAUAAUUGUGUUGGUAGUGAAGCCUGGACUCGCCAAGAAAAUGGAGCGCUCUGCCGGGAGCUUUAUGUCUUAGCUGCCCGCACCUGUCGUCUUCUUUGGCACCAGAAGGAAUGUGCUCCACUCUUGUCACGGUCGCGAUGGGAGCUUGAUGCCACGUCCUGGGUCUACGGUGUCUCCAUGAUUUGUGCAUUAAUCCCGUUCGUCAUCGGCGGCAGCAAGGAGAUCCCGACUCUCUAUCUCUAUUCUCCAGCUUUCCUUAUGGGCUUUCUCGGAAUUCUCAUACUCGUCACGCUGGUACCGUUCAAUAUACCGAUUGGCAUUGAUUCACAAGCUCGAGGGACGCCACUACGCCCGUUUGUAUACUACGCAGCUGAAGACUUUAUCGCUGUUGAUGGUCUCCAGGAUCGGGAAUUCCGAAUACGAUUGAAUUUGCGUUAUGAUUCAUCCAAAGCUUUUAGACGCAUGUUCCUAUUUCUCACUAUUUGGUGGAUUCUAGGGAUAAGUGUCUAUCUUGGCUGUGGAGAUGAAGCGGCAGCAGAAGGCAUACGAAAGGUCAUGUGGGUAACCGCAAUCGAGGCAAGCACUACAAUCAAGCAUGAUUUAGAGACCUUCCACUCGACUAGCGCUUCGAGCAUCCUUAGCGGCCUGACCGUCAUUCGAACCAAAUGCCUUCGCGCCUCAUCUAGCUCACACUACUUCUACACCAUGAAAUUUCUGAGAUCUUCUCUCGAACUAUUGGCCUAA